AUGUAUUCCGCACCAGUUCUCGCUUCGGCGUCACUUCUUCUAGCAUGUUUCUCCUCCGAAGUCUCUUCGAGAGCACUCAAUUCCCGACAGGACGACACUCCCACUCUCGUCACGGGAUGUGCAGCUGCUGACCUGACCCCGGAUAACUGGAAUACCAACAAUCUGGAUGCCUUGGUGACUGGCACCGCCGGCUUCGGUCAAUCUGCAAAUUUCCCCCAGCAAUUCAUCGCGCAGUUCAGCGGGAACCAAGUCACCGGCUUUACGUGUACCGACUUCAACAAUCCAGGGGCGUGCGCGAUCCCUGCCAACGGAGAUAUCUGCGACAGUUUCUCAAACCCCCAAAUUGGCUUUGUCGCCCAGGCUUGGAUCAACUUGUACCAGAACCUGAGGAACAUGUUCUUUGGCAUCCAAGAUGCUCACGACCAGUUGGUUUCAGAGGGCUAUCUUGCCGCGAUGGUCAACGACAUCUCCCCCGAGCCUCUUCCGAUAUCGCGAGAUACCCUGUUGAAGCUUGCAGACCUGUCCCUUUCAUUCAUACCGAUUCCAGCCGCCGGUGCCGAAGUCGCCACGAUCAGAACAGUGCUGAAAACAUUCAAGAAGUUGGCGGGAAGGGUGGUCGACAAAGCCCAACAGGAUGCCGAAGAUGCCGCGCAGACCUUGCAAGACCAGCCUCAGAUCCUGCAAGGCCUGCUCGACAAUGCCGUCCCAAAUGUCCAAGCCGCUAUCAUGGACCAGCUGAAUGCCGUUUUCGUGGACGCCCAAUCCGACGAUUCCAGUGCCCAAAUCCUCCUGGGUGGAGUGCAGCUCAACUCGGUCCCUAGUCAAUCCGACUACGCGACCAUCAUGGCGCAGAACCUGCGCGCCUUCCUCCUGGCCGAGGCCAUGAACAAGAUCCAAAUGUUACAGAUCGUCGACAAUCUCGUGGCAGUUUGUCAAAACAACCCCGAGGACACGCUGUCCGCCGACGGCUCCAAAUGUCGCCGAUUCGGUCUCCCGGAGGGUGGCGGGACGGUACCUACCGCCGUGACCAUCGAUCAUCCGAGGGCGAUGGGCGACCUUCAAAGCCGAUUUGGGUUCUCGAUCAAGGCCAUCGCGGACAAUACGCAGGAGUGUGCUGCGUCGGGCAAGGACUUCUCCAACGUCGACUUUGAUGGGUUUUUGCAGAGUGAUGCCUCAGGUGUCUAUCCUACGUGCCUGUUUGGUGUGCCGUCUUUUAACGAGAACAUCUGA